AUGUUUACUCCUUUAGAUUUCACGUCCAUUUCUCGACCAGAGAUCUCUGAAUCUCUGGUUGGGAUGUUCAAAGGCACAGUCCAGCGAUUCUCGGAUCGAAUCGCCAUCGAAGACUGGUCAGGUACUCCACCGACGAAACAACAAUAUUCAUACGCUGAGCUUGACAACGCCUCGGAUCAUCUUGCGAAAACACUUCAAGCCAAUGGAAUUCACCGAGGAUGUCUGGUUCCGAUUCUCACCACACGAUCGAUGCCAAUGGUCAUUGCCGUCUUAGGCCGUGGGGGGGCCGACCGUAUUGAAGUCACUUUGAAGACUGUCGGUGCUGCCAAAGUUCUUUGCACUGAGGCGUCAAGUGCCAUUCCCCCUGAAUAUGAAGUUAUUCAGUUUCUUGCAACAGAUGCUGUGUGGACUCCGGCGCACGAUCCGAGCUCCCUUGAUUCACCAACACCCGAUGAUUUGGCGUACAUCAUCUUCACAUCGGGCUCAACCGGAAGGCCGAAAGGUGUAAAAGUUGCACACCGUUCGAUGGUGGCAUACGCCCAUGAGAAUGGCGCUGGCUCGCCACUAAAAUUCGUCGUGACAGCCGAGUCACAAAGAAUUAUUUUAGGUGGCGAGAAGGCCCCUGACACUCUCAUUGAAGCUUGGUCCGCCCCAGGACGCAAAAUAUUCAACGCAUAUGGACCUACCGAAGCUACCUGCGUCACACUAAUGGCAGAGCUUGUCGUUGGUCAGCCGCAGACUCUCGGAUUCGCUCUCCGUGGAGCAUUCGUGAUCCUACGGGAUGAAAAUGGCGACGAGGCUGAUGCUGGAGAGAUUUGUAUUGGCGGUACAGGAGUUGCCCUUGGGUACUUCCAAGACGAGGCUCGAACAGAACAAUCAUUUAUUACAUACCGUGGAGAAAGACUGUAUUGCACGGGAGACUACGGUCGUAUGUCUUUUGCAGGUGUUGUGUUCGCCGGUCGCAAAGACAGUCUUGUCAAGAACCGGGGAUUUCUCAUCAAUCUUGAGACAGAGGUUGAGCCACUGCUGCUGGACAUUCCGGCCGUUGAAAUCGGCAUCGCUGUAUCAGUUGAAACUCGCCUCUAUGCAUUUGUCUGCCCAGCCUCCACCGCAAUAGGCCUGCGUGACGAUUUGCUGAAAGCAGGUAAAUCUCCCUUCCUGGUACCUGAUAGGAUCGUCGGCAUGGACAACCUGCCCCUGACCAGCAAUGGUAAAAUCGACCGCAAGGAACUCAUAGCGCUCUUGGAUACAUCAAAUUCUCCGACUGUCAAACCAGAUCCACAUGAAGAGCUUGGACCAGAAGAAGCUGUGUCAAAAGCGUUUUCGGUUGCUUUGAAACUCCCAGAGUCACAAAUCACUCCAGUGUCUUCUUUCAGGCAGCUAGGAGGUAGCUCCUUAGCAGCUGUUUCUGUGGUUACAACAAUAAAGCGCUAUUCAUUUGCUACCAGCCUAUCUCAAAUUUUCCAAAUGGAUACUGUUGCCGCGAUAAGCCAAAGUUUGACUAGAAUUGGACAGGGCCAGCCGCAACCAAAGUUGGAUAUCGCUCGACAGGAGCUAUGGAAGUCGGUCAAUGAUACGCUUCAAACAGAAACAGACGGGAUAGUUGAUGUUGCACCAAUGACAGACUUGCAAAUGCGAAUGAUCCACGGGACUUUACAAGAUCGCUCGGCCAACUACUUAAGACUGGGAAUAUCCUUUGCCCAUGGAUCACUAUCAAAACUCAAACGCUCCUGGCUGUGCGCUCUUGCGGCGCAUAGUUCACUUCGUACAACAUUCCUGCUUCUAGGUGAGCGGGGCGCACAACUUAUCCAUCAACAGGUUGAUCCAAGUUGGGAGGAACUGCCAGUUCAAGAAUUACCCACUGAGGAAGAAUGGCGCAAUUUACAAUAUCUGUCUACCGAGGAAACUUUAUCGACUCCGUCCUACCCGCAUAUUAAACCAUUCAUCGGAUUUCGAGUCUAUUCUGCACCUCAUGGGGCCACUUUAGUCACCUUAACCAUACACCACAGCCUGAUAGAUGGGUGGUCGGCAGUGAACUUGAUCGAGUCCUUCUCUCAGGCAGCCGAUGGCUGUUUACCAUCUCUCCCGCGACCAGAGUUUCAUCAAUUCAUCAAGACCAUUGACCAAUCUCAUUUUCUAGUCAAGGAGAAGGCACAAGCCUUCUGGAAAGAGAAUCUAGGCAAUCUAGAUCCUAUUCCUCGUCUGACAUUACCUGUCCCGUCCACUCCCAACUCGCCGGCAAAGAGAAAAGAGGUCUGUGUCUCACUGGGCACCACAUCCGCGAAGCUGGAAAGCCAAUCUUUGCGUGCCAGAGUAACUCCUGCCGUGUUUCUAUAUGCGGCGUGGUCAAUCGUGCUCUCGACAUACUCUGCGUCGGAUGAAGUGGUCGUAGGAGCAACUUUGGCAGGUCGUUCCUGGCCAAUAUCUGAGAUUGAAUCUGCUGUGGGCCCAUUCGUCAACACACUCCCCCUCCGUGUACAAAUUGACGAGAGAGAGUCUUCUGAGCGAUUCCUUCAAACAGUCUUUACAACAUUGGAAAAAGCGACUGAAUUCUAUGAGACAAUUUUCGCCCUUCAGUAUGACUUUCCUCCUCUGAGCAGCUGGAAGUCUGAUACAAUUGCGAAGCCUUCUUCGUUUUGGACUACCGACUCCUCGGGAGCAAAGCUAAAUGUACUUGUCGAAGACUCUGCUGAAGGUCUGGUUGCCCGACUGGUAUACCACACUGACAGUUUCACCACCUCUGCGGUGGAGGGUAUGGGCCGACAUCUCCAGAAUGUCCUUGAGGCAUUCAUCACGCAAGACCUUUCGGAGCCCGUCUCACGCAUCCGUGAUCAGCUACUUAAGCCUACUGAGAUAGAUGCACUUGUUCGCAGUUUCCCCAGGUUCAACGACCAGUAUGUCGGCGCUGUCAAUCUGAAGGAAGCAUUCGAGUCAAUGGUAGAUCGUGUGCCUGACUUCCCAGCAUUGGAGUCACCGAACGGCGAGGUCUUGACUUAUCGGGAGCUUGAUCGAAGAAGCAAUGCGGUAGCCCUUGAAAUAAUGCGGUUAGAUAGCAAGAGCCCAUUUGUGGCUGUUCAAGCAGACGGCUCUGUCGAAUGGAUUGUGGCUAUUUUUGCUACUAUCAAGACCGGAUACGCUUAUUGUCCAAUAGAUGUCAAGUAUGGCCGGGAUCGUCAAAAAGUCAUGUUGGAUCUGGCAGAAUCCGACAUAAUAAUCUAUUCAACAGCUGAUUCCAUUCCAUCGGAUUCUCUCCAUCCAGGCUUACGAUUCUUGACAGUGGACACUAUAGUCGGUUCAAUUGACGAAAUCAAACCUGUGCGCUUCCAAACGACGAUUUCUGGUGAAAGUAUUGCCGCCUUAAUUUUCACCUCGGGCAGUACUGGAGUUCCCAAAGGUGUUCAAAUUCCCCACGUUAAUCUCUUGUCAUCUCUCGGUCAUGAAGCCGGCCGGAACCAUUCGCAUCCUGGUCAGCGAAAUGCGCAGCUGUUAUCAUAUGGUUUCGACGGUUGUCUUCAUGAGAUAUUGGCAGCACUGCUUUACGGUGCUACAUUGGUACUCAAGGAUGAAAACUCUCCAAUGUCUCAUCUCCGCCAUGUUGAUGCUGCCGAUAUUACACCGUCUAUGCUUGCAACUCUUGACCCUAAACUUCAUCCCAAACUCAAAAUCCUUUCUGUGGUAGGUGAGGUGUUUCCUCAAGAUUUGGUUGAUCAAUGGGGCAUUGACGACCGCAUUCUCUUGAAUGUCUAUGGUCCAGUGGAGACAACCAUUGCUGUCACUUGGGGGUAUCAGAAGUCCGGACAACCAGUCACGAACGGACCACCUGCACCACGCACUGCCAUAUACAUUGUCGAUAAGGCCAGUCGCCCCGUUCCGGUCGGAUGUACAGGAGAGAUCUUCAUUUCUGGAAUCCAGGUAACGCCGGGCUACCACAAAUUGCCCGAUCGCACUCGGCAGUCUUUUGUCCCAGACCCCUUCCUCCCAGGACAAACUGUGUAUCGCACGGGGGAUAUAGGACGAUGGACCCCAGAUAUGAGCCUGCAGGUGAUCGGUCGCAUGGACUACCAAGUCAAAGUACGCGGUUUACGUGUUGACCUACAAGAGGUAGAACACAUGAUCACGAAAGCCUUCAAUGGGAUUCAGUCCAUUGCAGUGGUUUUUAGCCGCGAGCUGGCCAUGAUGACAGCAUUCGUGACUCCUGGAGAUAUUGACGUGCAAAAGCUGCAGCAUAAAAUCCGCAGCAGUCUGCCAUACCAUUGUCAGCCGACCCGAGUGGUUGCCUUGGAAAACUUCCCUUUGAAUGUCAAUGGGAAGAUUGACAGACUAGCAUUGCUCGCCAUACCCAUCGAGUCGACAGCAGUCACAGUGCUUCCUGAAACAGAAAUGGAAUGUCUAGUCGCACGGAUUUGGGAGGAGAAGCUCCCGCAGCAUCAAGUCGGAGCUCUAGACAAUUUUUUUGAUCUCGGUGGUCAUUCCCUGCUGCAGAUAGGGGUCGCACAGCGACUAACCGAAGAGCUGGCUCAUCGCGUUCCUUUGCGCAUGGUCAUUGAAAACAUCGUCCUGCGUGACCUAGCAGCUGCUCUAGAGACCAAAGUUAGCCAAGCUAUUUCCGAUGAAUUUUCUCCUUUCUGUCAAACGCGAGAGGCCCCUCUAUUUAUCACAUCCGGACUGGAGGAGGAGGUGUAUAACGCGUGGGAGCAAAACAAGAGAUCUACUGCAUGGAACGUGGCACUUGCGAUGCGAUUCACUGGGCCGCUAGAUCGCGAUCACCUCUGGGACAGUUUCUCUCAAGUCAUCAAUUACUACCCGGUCUUGCUAUCCGAGUUCGCUCCCGUUGACGGUAUCCUCCGCCGAUCUAUUCGAGCAGAUUUCGGUGGACCACUUCAGCUUCCAGCUAAGGUAUCCAUUGACAAGACUAUAUCUGAUGAAAUUAAUCUUGGAUUCGACUUGAACAAUGGUCAACCUAUCCGUGUUCGCUGGAUUGAGGAAUCGCCCGUUUCAAUCGUGGUGGUUAUUACAAUGUCGCAUGCGGUGUCGGACGGGACGACAAGAAGCCUUUUACUUGAUGCCAUCAGUGCGGCAUACAAUGGGACUGAGGAGUACAGAGGUCUUCCAGUUGACCAGGGCUACAUGGAUUGGGCGAGUUGGUCUUCACAGCAGAAGCCUGAUCUCGAGGCUGUUCAUUUCUGGCAGAAAACCCUGGCUGGAUAUACCCAGUCUCGCCUCGCUCCUUUCAUAAACAAACCGCAGACCUAUGACGGACACUGCCGGAUGUUGACAAUCCCACAGGAAGGGCGCCAAGCCGUCACUCGACUGGAAGCUGAAGCGGCUGCAACAAAGCACCAUGUUGUACUAGCCAUAGUUUCACUUCUAUUGCAGUCAUGGGGUGAAAGUGACUCUUUCGUCAUUGGCGCCCCAUAUGCAAAUCGCGACAUGGCCGGGACCGACAAGGUCAUCGGUAUGAUGGUCGAUCGGAUUCCAAUCAGGGUCGAACUGCUCAAAGAUGAUACCCAAACGUUGCGAUCUUUGGUUUCGCAGAUGAAAGGGGCAAGCCAGCAAUCCAUUGCACAUUGGAUACCGUUCACACAGAUAAUGAAAGCUGUCGCUGGAAAAGCCAGUAUCACACAUGAAAAUUCACACUUAUUUGAUGUUAUGGUGACCUUCCAUACUGCAUUUGAGACAACUCAACGAAUGCAAAACUUCGGGAACGCAGAAAUGACACUGUUGAGAACUCAUCCGGAUGGUGCUAAAUAUCCCCUCUUGUUCGAGUUUACAGAAUGGGAAGAUCGAUUAGAGCUUGAUCUGGAAUACGAUACAGGGGUUCUUAGUGAACAACAGGUCGACAAGAUUCAGUCCUUGCUCAUGUAUAUAUUAUCCACCUUGGCUACGCAGCCUGACACAUCUGUUGGUCAAAUCAGUGAGGGACUGAAGAUUGUGGGGAUGUAA